UUAUCUCUUUGUUUAUAAAAUUUAUUGACUAAAUAUUCCAAAAUAAAUACAAAUUAUUAGCUUUGUAGUAAAAUUUAUUAAUAUAGUUGCAAUAAUUAAAUAUAAUAAGAUUAAUUUAUUAAUAGUGAAAAGUCUGUAGAUAAAAAAUGUUCUGUUUAAAUGUUCGCUGUUUGCAAAACAGUGCUAAACUUGAAAAGAUUUUGUUUACACUGGGAAAAUUACGUAACAAUGCUAGUCUAACAACAGCUGCUCAUCAUAGCACCACCACCACAAAUAUAAAUAAAAGCCAUACAGCAAUAGGAAGACAACAAAUGUCACGUUAUUCUGCCAAUACAAUAAUGCCGCAUUUCAAGGAGUUUCGUUUGAUGGAUUAUGAUAUUAUUGGAUUCGAUUUGGAUGGAACUCUACUGAGAUAUGAUCUCAACAAUAUGGUGCCGCUGGAGCACGAUUUGUUAAAAGAGUUUUUGGUCAAUGAAAAGAACUAUCCAAAGGAGCUUCUUAAGCAAAAGUUUGAGAGAAAUUUCUUGCAAAAAGGUUUAAUGGUAGAUACACAACGUGGAAAUAUUUUAAAAUUGAGCAGUGAUGGCACAAUUUUAAAAGCAGCACAUGGCACGAGAUUUAUGAAUGAUAAGGAAAUUUGUGAAGUCUAUGGAGAAUCUCGACAAUGGGAUGUAGCACAAGAAUACAUAAAAGAUCCGCUAUCCGCAUGGAAUGGUCCAAUAGCAGAAAAGUUAAGAACUCUACUGGAUUAUUUUGACAUUGGGGCUUCUUUGGUUUUUGCCCAGGCCAUAGAUGUUUUGGAUGAGACUUCAUCUAGUAGCUACGAAAUAGGCAAAAAUGAUUAUAAAGUAUGGUCUGACAUGUUGGCUGGUCUUAUACAAAUCUAUACUCGCGAACAUUUUGCCACUGGAGAAAGUGCUUAUUUUGAGGCAUUAAAGGGGAAUCCGGAUAAGUAUUUAUUGAAAACUGACAACAAAGUAAUCGAACUUUUGCUACAACUUAAAGCCUCAGGAAAAGCUUUAUAUCUGCUAACAGGAUCUAAUAUUGAUUUUGCCAAUUUUACGGCUUCUUACGCUCUAGGACCACAAUGGCGGGAGCUCUUCGACUAUACAAUUGGAUUUGCUAAGAAACCAGGGUUUUUCUUCGCCCAAAGACCAUUCCUACAAAUUAGCAAUUUAAACGAAGUUGAGGGAAGUGAACUAUCUUUAACUGAAGACCUAAUACCAAACACUAGCUAUAGCCAGGGUAAUUGGCAACAGCUAAAAGAAUCUCUUUGUAAAAAUAUUCUAAACAAAGAUCCCAAACUAGUUAGAUCAUUAUAUGUGGGAGAUAAUCUUAUCCAAGACGUUUACACUCCCAAUGCGAUUGCUUCAAUUGAUACUAUAGCCUUGAGUGAAGAACUUUUAGAAAAUGACAAUAAUUACGAUUUCAAAACAAUAGUACAAUCAUCGCUAUGGGGUUCAUAUUUUAGUUACAACGGUACACCCACUUUGUGGGCCAACUUUAUAGAGAAAUAUUCCCAACUGUGUGUAUCCCAAAUGGACGUGGUGGCCCAAUAUCCUCUAAAAGAAAAAAUACAUUGUGAAAAUAAGGAGGGCUUUUUUCCCAAACAGCCCGAAGGUCUUUCAUUAAGAAAUUGAAGAUUAUAGUACCAUAAACAAAAUAGUGAUGAUUUUUAAUUAUUUUAUUUUUUUACUUAUGCUUACAUAGAUUUUGACUGUUCAACGUACAAAUAAUAUGCUAACUACAUAGAUUUUUAAAUAGUUUAUUAUGACUAAUAUUGUAUUUUAUUGUGUUUUAAGUACUUUAGAUUGAUUACCCACCCAUUAAGUAAAAUAGUUUAUUUUAAUAUAUUUCGAAUUUAAAAUCUUGUAAUAUGUUUUUUUUUUUUUUUAAAAUAAUCAUUUUGGAAUUGAAAUAAAACUUAGGUUGUUAAAAAAAUAUGUUGCCUUAAAUUUUUUAAAAAAGAUUUUAUUAUUGAUUAAUAUUUCUUAAUAUAUUUGUAUUUUUCCUCAAGUAUGACCUUUAUAUUCAAAAUAUGUAUAAAUAAAAAAAAUUUUAAAACGAAAAA